AUGACAGACGUUAACGCUCAGCUGGCGCAGCCGACAAUUCGGAUCCGGAAACAAUCAAACAGCCUUCGCAACGUCCCCUUGUCUGCAACAUCCACCAUCGAGAUAUCCAGCACCACUAGUCUCGAAAGCAGACCCCAGCUCGAACAGUCCUUGAAUGCGUACCGUGCCCGUGCUGAUGUCGACAAUCGUUCUGACGCCGAUCCCAUGUCGCCCAUAGAGUUGGGUACCUCGAUCCCUCCCGCCGUCAAGGACUCGAUGUUGGACAGACCAGAAGAGGGGAAAGACGAGUUGGAACUAAAGGCUCAGUGGUCAGCACUACUUACUCCUUAA